AUGUCCAACUUUAUAACUACCGUUAACCCACGAACGCGCGCACCCUUCAAGCCACAAAAGGGAAACCGAGGCACGAGCAGCUGGCAGCUCAAGCAGUAUGCAGAGGCUACGCUGGGUAGCGGAAGUCUAAGGAAAGCGGUCAGGUUGCCCGAGGGAGAAGACAAGGACGAGUGGCUGGCAGUCAAUGUCGUCGACUUUUACAACCAAAUCAACCUACUCUAUGGCUCCAUCACGGAAUUCUGCUCGCCUCAGAGCUGUCCAGAGAUGAAGGCUACGGACGAAUUCGAGUACCUCUGGCAAGAUUCGGAAAACUACAAGAAGCCGACCAAGAUGCCGGCACCGGAAUACAUUGAGCACCUCAUGGCAUGGGUGCAGUCCAACGUAGACAACGAAGCCAUGUUCCCGUCACGGAUUGGAGUGCCAUUUCCCAAGGCGUUCCCGUCUCUUAUUCGGAACAUGUUCAAGCGGCUGUACCGAGUGUACGCACACAUCUACUGUCACCACUAUCCUGUCAUCAUCGAGCUAGGGCUGGAGCCACACCUCAACACCAGCUUCAAGCACUAUGUGCUGUUCAUCGACGAGCAUGGGCUGGCCAAUGGAAGCAAAGACUUCUGGGGACCGCUCGGGGAUUUGGUGGACAGCAUGCUGAAAAGCGACUAG